AUGGGAGCGCUGAGAUAUUUUAAUGCUGCAGUUUCGACUGCACUGCGGGCGAUAACCUACCUUUACCUCCGAGUCGCUCCCCAUCAUCUCGCUGUACCGGUCAUACCGGUCCUGUAUUCAUUGUACCUCCUGACAUACUCUCUUUCCGCAAUACCACUGGAAGAGUCCACGAAAAUCGAGCCUGCAAAUGGAAACGAGGAGAAAGCGAAGGACGAACGGCCUGAAGUGAGAGCUGUGAAGGUGACUUCACCUCAGAGCCCCGAUACGCUCUCAACCAUCCUCUUCUCUCUGCCCACCCCAAUUGCGAAGUUACGGAUAACAAAUCUAGCUCUCAAUACCCUCCUCUUCUUGGCGGCUGUUGACUUCACGGCGUACCCAUACUUCGAUGCUGCUCAAGACGUCACCUUUACUCGUGUUGGAGCUGUGUAUCCUGAUGCUGUCAAGUUAGCUGUCAGGUAUCCUUACCCCUAUGAUCACAACGUGACCGAAAGCAUUCUGCAAGUGCAAUAUCGGCAAGUAAAGCAGGAUAGUGUCAUGCACGUAGCGCGGUGGCAAGACGGACCUUUGGUGCCACUUAGCGCCGAGGACGAUUGGACGAAUACGGUCAAGCUGGCUGAUUUGUCACCGAGUACCAGCUAUGAAUACAGACUGCGCUGCAAUGCGCCUUGCGAGCCCGAUAUCCUACCAUACCCCGCCAGUCCUAUCCGCUUCCGCACCUUCCCUGACCCCCGACUUACCUACGGGUCCCACUUUCGUUUCGUAUUCACGUCAUGCACCACACUGAAUUUCCCUUACCUGCCCUUUCAAGGAAGGACGAUCAAAGGCUACGAUCUUCUCGCCGACUAUAUCUGGCCUCGCAAGCCAGUGCUGAAUUUAACUGAAGCUGCGGGAAAAGCCAAGUCUGUACUGUCUGAGUCGCUGGAGACAGCCAAGCUCGUUGUGGCCAAUGCGUCAGAGGCUUUUGUGGGGACCACGUCGAGCUCUGAGCCUGCUAUCUCUACGGCGAUUUCAGUGGUUUCUUCCUUAGUAUCUCCGUCUCCGUCUCCGUCCGCGUCACCGUCGCUCUCUGAGGCGACUGAUUCUCCCGAGGGGGUUCCCGUUGAAUUCAUGUUGUUCCUGGGUGACUUCAUCUAUGCCGAUGUGCCUGUCUAUUUCGGCGACAGCGAAGAGGCGUAUCGCCGGUUGUAUCGGAGGACGUAUAAUAGCCCGAGCUUCAGGAAGGUGUACGAGAAACUACAAGCAAUUUCAGCUAUUUUCCAUGUUUACGACGAUCACGAGAUUAUCAACAAUUUCGCGGGACAAGGCAGUGACUCUAUUGAUCCCUAUCCCACCGCUGCUCGAGCAUACGAGACAUAUCUCGCCGCAGCUAAUUACGAGUCCGCGGGAAAUGACAAGUAUUACUACGACUUCCGUUAUGGAGAUGUUGCAUUCUUUGUCAUGGACACCAGGCGUUAUCGAUCCGAUAUCAACUCGGAGGACGUCGAGAGCCGCACGAUGCUCGGAGAUCAGCAGCUUGCAGCGUUGUACGAUUGGCUCGGAAAGGUAAACUCGACCGCCACGUUCAAGUUCAUCGUGACCUCUGUGCCAUUCACCUCACUCUGGACGUACGAAGGCCAGAUCGAUACUUGGGCUGCCUUCGAGCAUGAGAAGGCGAGCCUGCUAGAUGUCUUACAUACGGUGCCAAACGUCAUCUUCCUCUCCGGUGAUCGCCAUGAGUUCGCAGUGAUAGAGUUCACUGCUGAGCACGGGUACCCCAUCCUGGAGGUCUCGACAAGCCCGCUAAAUAUGUUCUACGUGCCGUUCAUCAGGACUUUGAAGCCAAGGUCUGAAGCAGUCGUGCGCAAGAUCCGCACGGAAGUCAUAGUUACUGAAGAGGGAUUGAAUGACACCGUGACGGUCGUUGACGAAGUCCCGAAAGAAAGGGUCAUUAAGUCCGCCUUGGAAGUGGAUACCACAAACGCGAACAAACCUGUUGUACACCUAGAACUCCUCGUAGACGGCAAGUCUACUUACAAGUAA